AUACAAUAAAAUAGCAUCAAACCAAAUCUCUCUAUCUCGACUCCAAACAAACCAUGUCGUUACUUCGUCCCAAGAGCUCGGCCGCUGCCUUGGCGCUUGCUUUAUCACAGCAAACAGACAAGGAAGAGCCGGGUCUAAAGCACUUGUCCGAUGAUGUUAUCACGAAUCGUAUAUUCGACUUUACGACCGACGAGGAGAUGACGAAGAUCGACCUUGAUAACUACGUUUUGUUCAUUGAAAACGUCCUCAAAGCCUCAGAUCAGAUUUGUGUAGCUUCUCAUUGGGCACAAGGAAGCAAAGGGCAUUUUGUAUUGGCAGAGGACACCAUGAAUUAUCCCUCCCCAAUUGAUCCUCCAAUCUGCACCCUUCAUCAAAUCUCAUCAGAGAUGGCAUGUAAGCCUCCAGGGGUAGAAACAGUACACAAAACGACUCUCGACAUUCUCUCGAAACUCACAAGAUAUCCAUGGGAGGCCAAGGCGGUGCUGAUCUUUACAGCGUUCGUGACGAACUAUGGAGUUUUGUGGCAUCUCGACAAUCACUCUCAUUCGGAUCCGCUCGCUAAAUCAUUGGCAAUGAUCAAGCGAGUGGGUUUGCUGAGAAAGGAGUUGGAGUCUGUGAAGUAUGGGCAGGUGUUUUUCAACCAAAACAGUAUGAUCUACAAUUGUUUGAAGGCAGUUAAAUACAUAAAUGAAUUCAAGAGCUUAUCAAAAUAUGAUACAAAAGAUGUGCCUGAGUUAUCUGCAGCACUUCGCCAGAUCCCAUUGGUUUCUUAUUGGAUUAUUCACAUUCUCGUGGCUUCCAGCAUUGAACUUCAUUGCUAUCUCUCUGGGGUCGAAGGUCAAACACAGAAAUAUUUGAAUGAAAUGACAGAAAAGGUGAGCAGUUUAGUUUUGACACUUGAGAAUCAUAUGCAGUUCAUCCGAGAACAACAAGAAGAGGUAGAACUUUAUCGAUGGCUGGUCGACCAAACCGAUCAUUUUCCUACCGAUGUCACGCUGUUCCUUGCCAAGCUGAUCAAUGGCAAACACAAAGCCAGGCCUCUCAUUAACUGUUCUACUCAAUUGGAGGAACAUAUUGAAGAGUUUAUGAAGGAAAAGAAGUUGAUAUUGAUAGUUUCAAGGAGUUUGAAUUUUUCAAGAGAAGAUCUUGAGAUUCUUCAAUCGGUUUACAAGGAAGUGAAGAAGGAGAACAAGUUUGAAAUGGUUUGGAUUCCUGUGAUUUCAGACCCUCCCAAUGAUGGUGAUGAGGAGGCAUAUGAAGCUUUGAAAUCUGAAAUGAAAUGGUUCGUAGUGCCAUUUGCUGCAAAAAUUGCAGGUGUGAGGUUCUUGGAGGAGAGAUGGGAGCUUAGAGAAGACCUAUUGCUGGUCGUUCUCGAUACACAAUCGAAAGUCGAAUUCUCAAAUGCUAUCCAUUUGACGAGAGUAUGGGAAAAAGAGGCCAUUCCUUUCUCAUACGACAGGGUAAAAGCUUUAAUGAAGAAGAAUUGGAUCGAUUCAACUGUUCUUAAAUAUACCGAUCAACCAAGGCUGAAGAGCUUGGUCGUGAUUAACCAGGAAAGGAAUGUCAUAUUCUAUGGAGGACACAAUCCCAGAUGGGUUAAAAAUUUUGAAGACUCAGCAGAAGCCAUGAAGAGAGAUCCUGUGACCAGAGAAGAAGGAAUUACAUUUGAAUUAGUACCCGUGGGACGGAACAACAAAGGCGAACAUGACCCGGCCGUCAUGUUUAAUUUCUGGAUGGCGCAACGGAGUUACUUCAUUCUCAAGCAUCAACUCCAUGGAUCGACUGCCUCCGAAGAUAUCUCCCGAUUGAUAUCUUACGAAACUGAGAAAGGAUGGGCAAUCAUAACCAAAGGUCCGAUAGUCGUGUUCAUCGGUGGUGGCGAUUUGAUACUAAAAGCCAUUGACGAGUUCCAAGUAUGGAAGAAAAACUUGCGUCGAGUAGGCUUCUCUGGUUCUUUCAAAGAUUACUUCGACGAGCUCACUGCCAGCAGCCUUCACUGCACACAUGUGAAUAUAAUCGGGUUUAGCGGGUGGAUUCCUCUGAUCAUCACCUGCCCUGUGUGUCGUCGUUACAUGGGAAGCGGUAUAAGAUUCACAUGCUGCCAUGGCGGCCCUGAUGUUCUUUAGACCAUCUUAUUCUUCUUCUACUACCGCUAAAUAAUACCCCAUUUGGCUGCCUCUGCUCAUCACCUAAAGCCAUGUGGGUUAUACUAAGGAUGUUCUUUUGUUCUCUUUAUUCAUCUUCUUCAAUAGAAACUCUGUAUGAUGAGCCUGCGAUCCAUUUGGUUCGUAGGCUAUGUUUCAUGAGUAUAAUAAACAUCCAAGAGUUGAAUGCUUGGAACUUAAAUA